GUUAAGAAAAAAAAAUAGUGGCUCAGCCCCUCUAUUUUUUUUUCUUUAUUGCAUGGUUCAUUGUUUGUGCGGCUCGAAUCUUACUCGGACCGAACAGGAGCACAUUGCCCGUGGAGUAAGAAGGAGACCCAUGGGGCCUUUAAGGUGUGCUCAUUUGCUAGCCCACUAGAAGGUCCUCCUUUUUCGUUGCAAUCUCAACGCCAUGUCUCUCGUCGUUCCCGAAAGAACUACUUUCCAACACAUCAUUCGUCUUCUUAACACUAACGUCGACGGUCGUGUCAAGAUUCAGAUUGCCUUGACUUCCAUCAAGGGUGUUGGUCGUCGUUUCGCCAACAUUGCCUGUAAGAAGGCUGAUGUCGAUCUCACCAAGAGAGCUGGUGAACUUUCCUCUGAAGAAUUGGAACGUAUUGUCACCAUCCUUCAAAACCCUGCUCAAUACAAGAUCCCCAACUGGUUCCUUAACAGACAAAAGGAUAUUGUUGAUGGCAAGUCCACUCAAGUUAUCUCCAACGUUCUCGAUACCAAGUACCGUGAAGACCUUGAACGUUUGAAGAAGAUCCGUAACCACCGUGGUCUUCGUCACUACUGGGGUAUCCGUGUCCGUGGUCAACACACCAAGACCACCGGUCGUCGUGGUCGUACCGUUGGUGUCUCCAAGAAGAAAUAGUAAGUUAUUUUGUGUGUGUGUGUGUGUAUAUAUAUAUAUUUAUGCAUGAAAUGCUCAUACGUUAUCUACUAGAUUCUGUUUACUUUUUCUUUGGGUUUGCAUGGACAAUGUCAGUUCUUUAUAAAUAAUAAUAAAAAAAGGAACA